GAUCAUCUAUACUCCGAAGGAUUAGCGAUGGCGAAUUCGCUUACGCCCAGCACGAAUACUGAACGACGUAAAACUGUCAACUCAGAAGCAGAUAUGCAGACUGACCCCGAUGAAAAACGCGGUGUCAACAUGAUGCGAAUCGAGCAUAUCGUAAAAAAGUUUCCCAACUACGAAGACUUCCUGAACAGUCAGAUUAAUGAAACGGACAUGUACUACUUGGAGGAUCGCGGUAUUGCGCGGACGAUUAAGGAACUUGGCUUUCACAAUAACGCCGAAAAGGUCACACGCGAACAGUUUGCCAGCAAGAAAACGGAGCAAGCAAUGGUAAAAAAAAUAGAAGAGCACAAAUCCGGCGCAAAAUAUCUCCACACGGAUCGCGAUGUUUUUCUGCUAGAAUUAGCACGCCGCGAAGAGGCGAAUCUUAAUGGGCGUUUAGUGACAAUUAUCUACUUGCGCGAUCGAAAUGCAAAAGGUCAAGAGAUCUCCUCGUAUAUUGAUUACGCACAAAGGUUACGGGAAGAGGAUUUCGCCGAGAUUUUUGCUGGUCGAGAGCGAUUGGUUGCAAAAGCAACCGACAUCAGUCAUUUCAACUGGGACACGAAUGUGACACAUAGCAACAACACAAGGAAUUUCGAUGUUAUUUAUCAGGGCCCCGAAGGGCUGCAGCUCAAGUGCAGAAAAGAUCGACGAAUCAUCCAUGUUAACCCCAGCAGGAAAAUUAAAAAUCCUAAUUUGGAAGAUACCUCCCGAACUGUUUUAAGAUCGAGAAACCAUGCACAGGUCGUUUUGUUUGACCACUUUAUUCGGUUUUGGGCAAAAGAUGACGAUCCGGAUGCAGACACAACACCGGAAACACUCCCUACGUUCGACGGAAUCACCGAUACCAAACUGAACUUGUACGAUGCUGUAACCGCAGCCAUUUACGAGGACGAUCUAUUGGAAAUUGCAAAAAAUGCAUUAGGCGGUCAUCUGCAUCAGGAACAUCAUGGUCAAUGGGCGCCAGCCGAUCUCAUAACCAGCUCAAAACCCGGCGAAACAAAUGUCAUCCCGGAGAGCAGCUCGCAGCCGCUGGAGACAUCGGUGUUGAGCACCAUCCGGGAACUGUACGACGCCCACAAGAAUGAUCUGUCUUACGGUACUCUGGGCAAUUUCACGUUCAUGCAGUUGAUCGAGCAGCUAGGACAUUUGCUCCCACCGGAAGCCAGGAAGCAGUGCAAUAAGGAAAUCGACCAAAUCGCCAGCGAUACAGCCUUCAGUAAAGGCCCGGCGGCGGAGACGCUGCCACGGGUUGUAGCUGAUCCAGACACCUUAAUGGAUGCACAGGCGAAAAAAAUUUCGCAAAUGUCCGAUGACGAUAAUCUUCAGGUAAACGGUGUAUCCAAUGAUCGGGACGCUUUUAUUUUGCCGGCAUCCCGAAUUGAAACGGUCAGCUCGGAGUUAUUUCGCGACCGCCAGGUUGACCAACUAUUCGAUUCCGAUUUCCACAACCAAAAACUGAAGGAUUUGCUCGCGAAAAGCAACACUACUGGAGAGGUCACAAAAACUACUUAUACCCAAAUCCAGUUCGAAGAAGAGAAAGAGGGCGUCCGCAAUUCUUCGUCUGUCGCCCAGGCAAAGCCUGGCGUCGCUAAUGUCAGCAAUAACGGGGAAAAGCACGAUCCGGUGGAAGGUCCCUAUAAAUCUUUAGAAAAGCAGAUGAUAGACCGAUUCAAAAAGAAAACCAGAACGCAUACCGAUGCGCUGCCGGCGUAUCCUCAGCCAGUGAAGUUGGGAGCCCCAGAUAGACCAGACUCUUGAUUUAUUGUACUUCGAGUACAGUACAGCGAUGCCGUAUUUAGUAUGGUCCGGUACUUACUACUUACUAACAAUCUAUUUAUAUAGAUAUUUACUGGGUCAGAUACAAAACUGAUACAGUACAGUAACUGACUGAUUGGUACAAGUACUUGUACAAAGCCCUUUUUCCGGCCUUUGGACCCCAGAAAAUUGUGCCACCAUAUUCAGGGGCGACUGCCUUGUUGUGUGUACACGCAGACGUUCACGCAGACCGUAUUUACUAUUAAUUUUAUAUUUUACGACACUGUACAAUCUUUGUACGAGUAUUAAGUGCGGUCGCAAAUUCCAUGCUGGAAAUGUACUCCUGGAUGAAUUGACCGAAUUCUGUACCGGCUUAUUCCUACUCACACUGAAAUUCGCAAUACGAUUGAUAGUUUUGAAAACGGAAUUUGGAUGGUUCCACAAAUCAGUGCACUGGUACUUUAAC